CGCUCCGCACAGCGCUGCAGCGCUCCGCGCAGCGCAGCGCAGCCCUCCGCACAGCGGCGCAGAGCGCGGAGCCGCCGCCGGUUCUAUCUUCGCCAUGGAAAAACCUUUGCUUUUGUAUAUAUUUGUAUUCCACUGGCAUUUUCUAAAUGCUUUAUUCACUGUUGAAGCUCCGCAGUCACUCUACAUUGUGGAAUAUGGAAGCAACGUGACCAUGGAAUGCACGUUUCCAGUGAAUGGGCAAUUAAAGUUUAGAGAUCUAAGUGUCAGCUGGGAAAAAAAAGAUGAAUUUAGAAAAGAUGUUUAUGUACUUCUCAAAGGGGAGGAAGACUCCAGCAGUCAGCACAGUGACUUUAGGGGAAGAAUAAAACUGUUGAAAGAGAAACUGAACUUUGGGCAAUCUCUCCUUCAGAUCACUGAUGUUAAGCUCAGAGAUGCAGGGUUUUAUCGCUGUCUUAUUGACUAUGGGGGAGCUGACUACAAGAUGAUCAAUUUGAAAGUUAAGGCUCCUUACAGAACCAUAAACCAAGGAGUGGUGAGUACAGGAGACAAAGAAUGGAAGUUAACAUGCCAGUCAGAAGGAUACCCAAAAGCUCAAGUAAUAUGGCAAAAUGGAGAAUAUCAAGAUUUAACUGAUAAAGCAAACACAAGUUAUGAAACUGGCAAUGAUCAGUUGUAUCGUGUGACAAGUACACUUACAAUCAAAAGCAGAACUGAUGAGAUUUUUCACUGUAUAUUCUGGAACAAAGAACUUCAAGAAAACACAUCUGCUGUUUUAUACGUAGCAGAUUCGGCUAAGGAUGUUCUGUGGACUAAGAACAGACGCUUUGUUGGAACAAUUCUGAUUGUGACUGCUCUCUUUGGGUCGGUGCUUCUAUUUAUGCACUGCCUAAGAAAAGAGCUGUCCAAAAAUGAGGGUAAACAUGAUUGCAGAGAUACUUCUUUUGAAGAGGAAGACUUGGAAUAUAAGCAAACUGAGAAGACUUAGUGUAAACAGAGGAAGCUUGUUUCCUCCGUGAAUGUUUGACAGCUCCAAUGUUCUGUGUUCUGUUUAUUAUGUUCUGUGUUCUGUUCAUUGAAGGGGGAUUUUCUUCUCUUUUUUUUAUUCUGAGAUUGCAAUUUUCUUCGAUAUCAUUGUAAGUCCAAAAAAAAAAAAAAAAAUUUGUAAGGAAGCUAAUGGAAUUAUUGUGGUACAAAAGGCCUUUGAAUUCAGGCCUCUGAAUAUGUGAUAUAUACAUCUGUAUAGAUAUGGAGAUACUUACUCAAAUGUCCACGUUUCUACUUUAUCAAGAUUAUGCACUUUCAAGGACACAUUUCAUUUAAAAGUAUCUUUAAAAAAGUGAAGCACUUUAGAUCUAAGACUGUAAUGAAUUUUAUAGCUAAUUCUAGAAUAGUCCAUCUUCUGGGCUGCUUUUUCACCUGGAGGUCUCAAUUCCCUGCAGAGAAUUUGUUUUCCAACUUGCAAAGAAGAUGUUUAAUUCUUUGAGCCACAUAAAAUAUUAGGAUGCAACAAUACAGAAUGCCAUACAAAGAGGACAUUUUCUAUCCUUAUCAUAGAUUUUAAAAAACUGGUUAUGCACUUCUCAGCUUGAAAAAUUAUGAAACCCACUUGACAUCACUGUUUGGAAAUAAUAAGAUAAUACUGAGCUGCUUAAAUCUCUUACUCUGAAGAAGUUAUUCUGGGGAUAUAAUUUACUUGUGUGAUAUAGCUAGCACUGCUGAUCACUCUGCUGAUUUACCAUUUGGAGGCAUUGCAACUCUUCGGACCUUUAGCAAGACAGCUCUUGAUUUGAACUGGCUUUUUAUUCAGACCCUUUUGGGGAACCAUUGAACUUCACGGACAUGAAGUACAUGCUCAUGUGAUUGCUUAAGAAAUGCUCAUGGCACAUACUCCUGGAUUCCAGUUCUUCAGCUACUAUCUGUUAUAUUUGCCAGCUACAUAGCUUUAUGUGUCAGAAAUACACAGAUUAGAUUUAUUUAUUACAAUGCCAUUCACAACUGUAUGUUCUUAAUAAAAUGUGUUUUGUUU